AUGGUUAUUGAAGGGGAAGGCCGAGGCAAUUAUAUUGUUGAAUCAAACAAAUAUCCUAGCAAAGAAAGACGCCCAGAAGCUGGCUGUUAUUUGGAUCACUUGCUCAACGAAAGUCUUGAGAUUUCAGGACCUGGCGAAUUCACUUCUAUAGUGAGUUCGUUUGAAGACAUGAAUUUGCAUCCAAAGCUUAUGGAAAAUAUCUUAAAUCGGAAUUAUUCCAAGCCUUUACCAAUACAGAAAGCAACGUUUUCGUUGGUUCAAUCUGGUUAUGAUGUCAUUGGACAUGCUAAUACUGGUAGUGGUAAAACGGCUGCAUUUUUGAUACCAGUAAUCAAUAUUAUCUCUAAAAUAAAAAGUUGCUGUUGCGGUGUUUAUGAGAGGAAUGUGCAUCCUUAUUGUAUCAUCAUUGCACCAACUAAAGAACUUGCUGAACAGCUUUAUGAAGAUGUGGAAAGUUUUUCUGCUGGUCUCAACUGUGUAACUAUGUUGAGCUUUGGGGAAAUACCUCGUAACAUAAAUAUUGCUCAAAUUAGAAGUGGCUGUGAUGUAUUCAUCUCCACUGUUGGACGACUCUGUGAUUAUGUCACGAACGAUAUUGUAAAACUACAUCAUUUGCGGUUUUUGGUUUUUGAUGAGGCAGAUAAGUUAUUGCAAGCAGAUAGUUUUUAUCAUGAUCUGAUGGAAUAUUUCUUGCCGAGAUGUCGUGAGAAGCCAAGAGUACAAAAAUUAUUGUUCAGUGCUACGGACAGUAACGAUCUAACUAAACUUAAGGAAAUAAUUAUGAUGGAGAAAGCUACCAAAGUUAUUGUUGGUUCAUUAAAUAGAGUAAAUCCCAUGAUCGAGCAACGAAUUAUAAAAGUGGAAAUUCAUGAGAAGCGUGAUGCGUUGAUAAAUUUGAUGGAAAAAAUGUAUGGAGAUGGAUGUGAAUAUCCACUGCCGAAAACGAUUAUUUACGUCAAUACGAAACGUUUUGCUACAGUUAUAGCCUGUUACUUAUCAUUGAAAGGCUACAAAGCCUAUCCGGUUCAAGGAAAUCUCACGACAACAUUGCGUAGACAAGCAAUUGAAGCUUUGCAAAAUGGUGAAUGCUAUAUCAUAGUAUCUACUGAUGUUACAGCUCGAGGCCUUGAUAUCAAAGAUAUAUCACAUGUUAUAAAUUAUGAAAUGCCUAGACCGGAGAAUUUAAUGUCAUAUAUCCAUCGUGUAGGUCGUACGGGACGUGCAGGGAAUAUUGGAUGUGCGACAACAUUUUACACGCCCUGUACUGAUAGGAGUUUAGCGUUAAUUCUUUACAGGUGGCUUGAAAUGAAUAACCAAGAGGUACCUGAUUUUUUAGUUCAAGAAGCUAAGCUGCAAGCUAAUCUCGAAGACUUGCAAAGCAAAGCAAAAGAGGAGUAUGAAAGAGUAUUAAACGAAAAUGUAGGAAAUAGUUAUAUGGAAAACAGUGAUGAAGAAGGAUGGGCUUGA